AUGAACCAAAUUUGUCCAAAACGCAACCAUUAUCAACUCUCCAAAGUUAAAUUCCAAAACAGUGACAUCUUUUUGAGUGCCUGUCAAAGCGGGGAUGAAGACGAAGUUGAAGAACUUUUGAAAAAAGGGUCUGAUAUUAAUUCUUCGAAUAUUGAUGGAGUGACUGCUCUUCAUCAGGCUGUUAUUGACGGAAAUAUGGACAUUGUUCGCUUUCUAGUCCAACACAAUGCGGAUAUUAAUGCUCAAGAUAAUGAAGGGUGGACACCUUUACAUACUGCUGUUUGUUGUGGAAAUUUGAAUAUUGCAAAAUAUUUGUAUGAAAACAAUGCAGAUUUGGCUUGUGUAAAUAGUGACAGAGAAUUACCUGUAGAUUUGGCAGAAAAUGAUGAAAUGAGAAAUUUUUUGGAGGAGGUUAUGCGGUUAAAAGAAGUUGAUGAAAGGAAGGCCAGGGAAAGUGAAUUUAAUGCAAUGCUUGAAGAUUGUGACAGAUGGAUUCAAUCUGGUAAAUGUCUUGACACACCUCAUCCAAAGACUGGAGCGACUGCUUUACACGUGGCUGCUUCUAAAGGAUAUGUUCAACUUAUUGAGAAGUUAAUCAAUGCGGGCGCGGAUAUUAACGCUCCUGAUUUUGAAGGUUGGACGCCUUUACAUGCAGCUGCUCAUUGGGGAGAACGUGAAGCUUGCCGUAUACUUGUAGAAAAUGGGGCGAAUUUUGAUACUUUGACUUAUUUUGGACAUUCUGUUUUGUCUGUAGCUGAUAAAUCGAUUGAAGAAUAUUUGUACAAUUUAAAAGAGGAACAAGAAAAAGCUCGUUUGGAUGAAGCAGCAAAGAUGUCCGCAAUAAAUGAAGACAUUAAUGAAGAAGACGAGAAUGAGAAGACUAGUAUUAAUCAAGUUAAAGAAGGUUCAGUGGAGAGCGGAAAUAGUAAUGGAAGUAAUAAUAAUGAAGAAGAAGACGAAGCGACGGCAGAAGAAGUUGAACAAGUUCAAGUUGAUGAAGAAGUUCAGGCAACCUCAGCAACUUCAAGCAGUCAAGUUCCAAGUAAUAGUCAUUCAACUUCUCCAAGUGUAGAAGAAAAUUCUUCAUCAAAUACUGGUUCUGGAAUUAGUUCAAUCCAAACAACAAGUAGAUCUGUUACUCCUAAAGAUCGUUCCUCAAGUUUGUACAGCAGCGAUCAAAGUGUUCAAUGCACUAUUAGAGCAGGAGUUCCAACAACAAAUAAAUCAAUGAAUUUAGAAGAUCGUUCAACUUCCUCUUCUCCAAGUAUUUCAACAUCUACUUCAACAAGUUUAAAUAGUAAUUCAAUUGCAAAAUCAACUCAACAACAGACACAUCAAAAGUCUGCUGUAUUAAGAGCUGCUGAAGAAACUGUUAAGCGUCUCCGUCGUCAACUACCAGUCGUUCAGUCAACAGUUACACGAAUUCCCUUAACUCCCUUACCUAAUGAAAGAGCAAAAUCUUCUUCUGUUGAUUGUGGGAAACCUUCAGGAGGACUAUUAAAUGUGGAAUCCUCUUCUUCCCAAAAAUCAUCUCCUCUAAAAUCGCCUCCAUCUUCUGCUCCCUUAGUUCAAUCUGCUCGGCUUUUUUGGAAUUCUAUAGAAAAUAAUAAUUGUCUCGUUUCUGUUCAACAUUCAACACAAAAUCAGCAACAAAAUCUUCAAAAUCAUCCAAUUACAAGUACACAAUUACAUCAACAACAAUUUUUAAAAUCUAGACAAAAAUUUGCUGUAAAUGAUUCUAGUGGUGGGAGUGGUGGAGGAAAUUCGUUGAGUAGUAAUAAUGGAACGACUCAAUCUCCUUUUGCUUUUGUUGCAGGCGAACAGCAAAAACAACAAUACCAACAACAAUUUCCAACCAAAAAACCUUCACAUAUAUUUAAAAGAGCAGAAAGUUUAAAAGUUGUUGGAUCCUCAUUUAAUAAUAACAACAUAUUCAUUCCACCAAAUAAUCCACAACAUCAAAACCAAGCAGUUCAACAACAUCAAGCAGUUCAUCAACACCAAGCAGGUCACCCAGCAGUUCAACACCAACAACAUCAAGCAGUUCAACAACAACCUCCCCAACAAUUUAUGUUAUGGAGACAACAAACAGUUUCAUCAUCAAAAGAUUUGUUAAAGGAUCCAAAAGACCCAAUAAAGGACAGAAAAAAUUCUGUUAAGACAACAAAAAUUGUUUUGCCUGGCCCCCAACCUUCUUCAUUAAAAAAUAUUUUUGUGGGAGAAACAACAACAACAAAAUUUUCUGCUGCUAAUAAUAAAAAACCUUUGCUACCUUUAACUGCUGCUUUUACAACAACAAUAUCAAAUGCUGAAGAAGGAGGAGGGGAAGGAAGAACACCCCCAUCAGAAAGUUGUUCAUCUUCUAUAGCUGCUAGUCCUUCAGCUUUGUCAUCUUCUUCAAUGAUUAACAGCAACAACAAUUUCCCGUUUGUUACUGUGAGGAAACAAUCAUUACAACAAACAACACCACCUACCCAACCAACUUCUCAAAAGGAAAGUGAAUCGGAGCGCAAAGCAAAAUCUAAAUUAAAGCGUUCUACUAGACGUUCUACACAAGGUGUUACUUUAGAACAAUUAGGAGAAGCUGCUGGACAUCAUAAAAGUAAUAAUAAUGGAAAUUAUCAUUAUCAUCAACAACAAAAUUCUGGUGAUCGAAUUCAACAAGCUAAUGAGAAAUUUAAUUGCUUUAUGGAGGUAACUAAAGAAAAUCGUGAUGUCAACGAUGAAUUGAAAUUUUUAAAGAAGACUGUUCAAGACCUUCAAUUACAACAACAACAUUUAAAGAAUGAAAUUCUUUGGAGAGACAAAUUAAUUCAUGAAAACGGCUUUCUUGUUGCUAAACAGGACCCUAAUGAUGUCUUUAUUCAACCUCUACAAUAUUCUAGAGACUUUACUGACAAUGGAAUUGACCCUACUAAAAUGUAUAUAAUUUUCAUAUUUUAUUAUAAGGUCUGAAAACAAUUUUUAAAAAUUUUUUAAAAUUAAAAAAAAUUUUUUUUGUCCGCAAAAAAUUUGCGGACAUCCGCAAAAAAGUUGCGGACAUCCGCAAAAAAAUUAAAAUAUUUUUUUGCCUCAGGCAAUUCGACCCUCUACUUCUUUCUUAUGUAACAUUAGCUGCUGUUGAAAAAGCAUAUCCUGGCACCUCUGCUGUUGACCAAAAAAUUCAAAGAAUUGUUGAAUCGAACCGAAAACUUCGUCAACAAAUAGACGAUGCUGAAAAGACUUUGUAUAACUAUCGGUUACAAUCUCAGGAAAUUUUGAACUCUAAUGGGUCGUCAAAUAGCAGUAGUGAUGAUAGCCUAC